AUUUUGUUCAUUUAAAACAUGUAUUUCGUAACAAUUUUGGUUUUAUUAGCAAUUUUAUUGCCAAAUCAAUACAUGUGUCUGAACUGGGCCGACCAAAACAAAGUGCUACCAGUUCGCAAUGAGGAUAAUUGUGUGCGAUCGGGUACUAUAGAUGUGUUGGAUGCCAUUAGUUCAUUUCAGGCCAUUUCAACAAAAUCACCACCAAAUCAAUUCAGUGCUCAACAAGUUUUUGACUGCAAUAAAAAUUGGUGUAUUUGUGAUGAUCAUCCAAAUUCAACUGAGAUUGCAUUUUCAAUAGCAGACAAUCAGUUUAGGCGUAUAGACCUUGAAAGUGAUCACCCGUAUACUGGAGUAUGUAAAGCAAAUCAAUGUAAUCGUACGGAUAAAGCCUAUAAAAUAGGUUUAAUAGCUACCGUUCCCGUUGGACAUUCUGACCAAAAUUAUGAGCAUAUAUUUGAUGAGAUGCUUCGUAUGGCACCCAUUCAGGUAGACGUGUCGUCAAAUAUACAGAYUUUCGUGAUUAUAAGGGAGGUAUAUAUUCGACACUCAAGUGCUCACAACAACCUAUUGACCAUUCGUUACUAUUGGUGGGUUUCGGUGAAGAAAACGGUAUUAAAUAUUGGAUCGCAAGAAAUAGCUAUGGUACCCAAUGGGGCGAACAGGGAUACAUACGAUUGAGACGGGGUAUUAAAGUAUGUAAUAUUGGUUCCGGUUAUAUACGCAUUGACAGUGUCUAUAGAAAACAAAUAUAUGACUUUGAGAUUAUUAUUUAAUAAUAAUUGUAUUUUAAAAUACCGGUACAAUCAAUAAUCCGUAUUAUAAAAAAAUAAUA